UAUUCCAUUUUAUAAAAACUAGUAGGCUUACGGUGGACGAGCUCUAUCCUAGUUGCUGACGCAAUUCCGUCCGCUUCUACAUGACCACGCUUGAUCCCAGAUGAUCCUAACCAUCCGAUUAGUGAACCAAAGAGCUGAUGAACACACAUCGAUAAAUAUGGCGGUUAGAAUCAUCAAAUGGGAGAAGAAAUUAAAAAAAGAAAAGGCAAAAGGUAAAAGCCAACCCCAGUCGUAGUUUCCAUUUGCCACCUUUCGCUUUCUCAUUCGAAUCAGCGAAACCCCACCAAAGAAAACAACAGAAGAAAAUCUUCCAACGUGGGAGAAGAAGGAUUCCUGUUUUCAGCCACUUACAAAAACAGAGGCAUCUGAUAAGAUGGUUUUUUAAGGAAGGAAGAGAAGAAGCUGACUACCAUUAAUGAUCUUAUAAUGCCCAAGACCAGGAAAUCCCAAUCAGCCAAGAAGCUCGUCGGCGGCAUCUUCUCUACAAUGUCAGUAGCCCACGUCGACGACGAUGACGACGACGGUUGUGUCUGCCGGGCCGAUCAUCUCCUAUCCAACGGCGAUCUCUACACUGGCGAGUGGGCCGACGGUGUCCCCCACGGCGCGGGAAAGUACAUCUGGACCGAUGGUUGCAUGUACGAGGGCGAGUGGUCCCACGGUAAUAUCACCGGCCGCGGCAAGUUUUCGUGGCCGUCAGGCGCCACGUAUGAGGGCCAGUUCAGGUCCGGCUUCAUGCACGGGCUGGGUGCCUACACAGGCUCCAUGGGCGACACGUACUGUGGCUCCUGGGCCAUGAAUUCCAAGCACGGGGAAGGGCGGAAGUGCUACGCCAAUGGGGAUUGCUACGAAGGGGAGUGGCGGUGUGGGUCCCAGGACGGGCGCGGCAAGUACGUUUGGUUGAAUGGAAAUGUGUAUGAUGGGGAGUGGAAGAACGGUCGGAUGUGUGGGGACGGGUCGAUGCUGUGGACCAAUGGGAACCGGUAUGUGGGGUCGUGGGAGGACGGGCUGCCGAAGGGGGAAGGACGGUUUUCAUGGGCUAGUGGGAGCUUCUACAUGGGUAAUUGGAGUAAGGACCCGAACGAGCAGAACGGGACUUAUUAUCCAGCCGGUGGGGCCGCCGAUGUGGGGAAUUUGGAUUGGGACCCAAGGGAGGUUUUCUCGAUCGAUUUGAAUAAUUGCAGUAUCUGCUCAGGGGAGAAGGUGUCGAUUCUCCCGUCACAGAAGAGACUGAAUUGUGGCAGUAGGCAGCGGAGGAAGAAGACUGAUAUUGAAAAUUGUAAGAAUGACUGUGGAUUGCUGGAGAGGGGCUUUGAUAGGAUUUGCAUUUGGGAGAUGGAUGGGGACAUUACUUGUGAUAUUGUGGUUGGGAGCUCGGUUGCUGGCCGGGAGGAUGAAUUCUUGGACCUAAGAUUCGAUAACUGUGAUUCGAGGGGGGAGCAGACCCCACUGAAUUGGCAGGUGAAGGAGAAAAGGAAGCAGGGGGAGACCAUCUCGAAAGGGCAUAAGAACUAUGAGCUCAUGCUCAGUUUGCAGCUUGGGAUUAGGUAUUCUGUAGGAAAACCUGCUCCGACUACAUCCCUUGAUUUGAAAUUGUCAGCCUUUGAUCCGAAGGAAAAGGCAUGGACAAAGUUCCCUCCACACGGAACUAAACAUACUCCACCACACCAGUCUUGUGAGUUCAGAUGGAAGGACUACUGCCCGUUGGUCUUCAGGACCCUUCGCAAGCUUUUCAAGAUUGAUGCAGCUGAUUAUAUGAUAUCCAUAUGUGGAAAUGAUGCACUUCGGGAGCUCUCCUCUCCUGGGAAAAGUGGAAGCUUCUUUUACUUGACCCAUGAUGACCGCUACAUGGUAAAGACAAUGAAGAAAUCAGAAGUAAAGGUGCUUCUGAGGAUGCUUCCAGCCUAUUAUAAUCACGUCCAGGCCUUUGAGAAUACUUUAGUUACCAAGUUUUUGGGACUGCACUGUGUAAAAUUAACUGGGGCUGCGCAGAAGAAGGUCUGCUUUGUCAUAAUGGAGAAUUUGUUCUGCUCUGAGUAUACCAUCCACAGGCGCUUUGACUUGAAGGGGUCUUCCCAUGGCCGCAUGACGGUUAAGCCUGAGGCGGAGAUUGAUGAAAACACAACUCUCAAGGAUCUUGAUCUUAAUUUUAUAUUUAGACUGCAGAAAACUUGGAUCCAAGAGCUUCACAGGCAAUUGGAUCGGGACUGUGAUUUUCUUGAACAUGAGAGAAUUAUGGAUUACAGUCUUUUGGUUGGUCUGCAUUUCAGAGAAUCAUCAUUCUCCUUGGAUCCGUCCAUCUCGGGAAUUCGAACUGCCAGUGGAAAAGGCAAGUCUGAAGAAGCUAGUGGUGCAACUCCUCGUCUUUGUAGAGUAGACAUGUAUCAGCUUCUUCAUGAACCCACCCGGUGGGCCACCAUCAGACUGGGGGUGAACAUGCCAGCUAGGGUGGAACAGAUGGUAAGAAGUAACGAUUGUGAUGCCCAGCUGAUUGGCAAACCAACAGGGGAGUUCUGUGAUGCUGUCUUGUUCUUUGGCAUCAUUGACAUACUCCAACACUAUGAUAUCAGCAAGAAGCUCGAACAUGCAUACAAGUCUAUCCAACAUGAUCCAACCUCAAUAUCAGCAGUUGAUCCAAAGCAAUACUCGAAGCGUUUUCGCGAUUUUAUAUACAAAGUUUUUGUGGAAGACACUUGAAGACUGAAGAUGAAGACACCAUCAUCAUUACUUCAUCAAAACAGAAUUUGGAACCUUGCACUCCUAGUGGUUAGUGGGCCCCGAUCAUGCACUACCUCCUGGGUGUCAGCCUCAUAUCGUAUUUUCAACAGAAGUCUCCACCUGAAAAACUCUACUGAUCAGAAGUGUUGCCAAUGCUUCACCAACAUUGCAAGGAUGCCUGAGUCAGCACAUGCCAUAUAUCAGCGAGGUUCUCUCUCUCCACACACACAUACACCCGUAGAUACAUCCAUAUAUAUAAAUGAGAAAUAUGAUUAUUCUGUCAUCAUAGAAGCUCCAUGCAGUUUUGUCCUCACGUACCACAUGACAAACAUGGUGAUCAGGACUGUUGAUCUGGUGAGCCACUAAUUUUCAUGUGCUUUGGGUGAAAAUUAGAUCAAUCGGGUUACACUGGCCAUCCGUUGUGAGCUUUGCCAAUUGAAUUUGGACAGCUGCUCAGUUUCAAGGGGAACAUCUCCUUCUCUAGCAAAUUGAUUGGAUGGUUUCUACAGUCCUAUACCGCCGAUUUCUGGGAUCAUAUAGCCUCUCCCAUCAACAUGGUGGUGCACCAAAUCAGCAUUCUGGAUCACCAUGAAGUUCAAUGUGUACACUAAAGAUGUUUUGAUGCCUGCAUCAGAAAAGUUGAUGCAUGCUUUGCUGCAGCAUUCCUCGAAUGGGAUAUCUACUUCAGCAGAAGCAUAGAAAUACACUGUAUCUAACCAGGAAAUGACGCAAGCUUACUCCAACUGUAAAUGUAUUUACACAUGGGUAAACCUGCAUUGAAUUCAUUCAUUUUGUACCCAAUCUUUUCUUAGUAGAAGCAAGUCUUGGGAAUUUAGGCAACAAUUGGAAUAAGGUGUACAGAGAAAUUGGAAAUUCAUUGAAGCUUGAUGUUAUUAGCUUUUA